GGCGCUCGUCGCCUCGGAGCGGGCACCUUCGGACGCUCGACCCUCUCGCUCGAGUUCCUCUCGUUAUCGUCCCGCGCGAAGGAGAAAGAAAGGGCGAGGGGUGAACGCCGCGGCCCCGGGCCCUUCGCAGUCGCGGUACCCUAGAAAACCCCCGAGAGAAUCCCCCCGCUGGAGGGGGGAACCGUCGUCGGAGCGCGCUCUGGGCUCUGGGACCGCUCUCGGCGGUCUGGGUUCGAGGCUCGGUACAUAAAAACGUCCGUACCCCCGCGGAUUACCGGCAGUCAUUGCGACACCGUCAACCCUAUCGUGAUAUGCGGGGCGCCGCGUCGCGCGUCGUCACCGUCGCCGUCGCCGCCGCCGCCGUCAUCGUCGUCGUCGCCCUCGCCCCCCUCGUCAUCGUCCCCGCCGUUGUGGACAACGAUUGAACGUCGCGCUGCACGCAGGCUCGGGGCAACGCCGCGCGAAGAUGCCGGUGAAGGUCGACGUGGUGCCGCCGCCGCCCGCCAACUCGAAACAGCCGGGUGUCACCAAGUCCCUGCUGUACAACGGUUCGCGCUUCCAGGGCUCGCAGAAGUCCAAAGGCAACAGCUACGACGUGGAGGUGGUUUUGCAGCACGUGGACGAGGAAAACAGUUACCUGUGUGGAUACUUGAAGAUCAAGGGUCUCACGGAGGAGUUUCCGACGCUGACGACGUUCUUCGACGGCGAGAUCAUCUCCAAGAAGUAUCCCUUUUUGACUCGCAAGUGGGACGCCGACGAGGAUGUUGAUAAGAAACAUUGGAGUAAAUUUGCGUCGUUCUGCCAAUACGCCAAAACGUUCAAUUCCGACACGUUCGAUUACGAGGCACUGAAGGGAACGGACUUUGUAUUUAUGAGGUGGAAGGAGCACUUCCUGGUACCCGAUCAUACAAUCAAAGAUAUCAACGGUGCCUCCUUUGCAGGAUUUUACUAUAUUUGCUUCCAGAAAUCCGCCGCCACGAUAGAAGGCUUUUAUUAUCAUCGUAGUUCUGAAUGGUAUCAAUCCUUGAAUCUGAGACAUGUCCCAGAGCACAGUAUACAGAUAUACGAGUUCAGGUGAAGUCGAUACCUUUGCUGAAAAGUUUCACGAUAUUCGCGUCUUUUCCUUUCUAGCAUACAGAUCUCAUAAAGAUUCGUCCUGUAAAUUUUAUUAGAAGUAAUGAGUCUGUUUAUUAUUCGUGACACACACUCCGCAGUUCUGAGGGAGAUUUGCAGUAAAAAGAACUCAGGAUUUCACUCACGAUAUCCUUCUCUUGACUAGUUGACUGUCACGAGAAUUGGAGUGCCUAUUUAGUAAGUGAUCGACUGCGGAAUAAUUACUUCCACCUGAUUGAUUGUAUAACGAUUUUUGAUCGAAAUAAAUUACCUGAUGCAUAUCAUUUUAAAUUAUUGGUGUUUCGUUAUUCAGUAAUCUGAUAAAGGCUUCAGGAUUCUUGUUUGUGUUCAUUGUCAUUGUGGGUGUGCGAUUCAAGUGUAUUUAAUAUUUCGAUAUUUGGUUUAUUGACUGAAGCAUAGUAAAUAUAUUUGUAUGCAUAACGUGGUAAGAUCUAUUGAAUUACGGUUUUAGGAAUUUACUAACCAUGAUAAAAAUAAUAUUUACGAGCAAGAUUUUUUUUCGUUUUACAUUAUGAUAUUUAUGAGAUCUGUUUGCUACAUUGGAAAAGAUCAAGUGUAAUUGUUGUUUGAAUGAAGCUGUACGUAUGUCGCAAAAGAAAGAACAAACGGUAAAUGGUAAUUGCGAAAGAGUUAUAUCGAGGUUUGAUCUGUAGCUUAUAUUGAAAAAAACAUUUAUUUAUUUAUUUUAUGCGCGAACGAACUUUAUUCGACUCUAAUGUUUUAUACAUACAUAUAUGAAAUAUAUGUAUACCUGAUUUUAAGAAUAGGCAUUAGACACAUGUUGGCUGUUCAUAAAACUUGUCUUCAUGUUUUUAAUCGAGUUAAAUAUAUCGAUUCUCUUAGGGGAAAAAAAUAGUACACUGUUGUGAUAAGCAUUACCAUAAUAUAUGCAUAAAUAUAUAUAUAAAUAUAUAUACGAAUGUAUAUAAGUUAACAAGCUGUAAUAGGUAAUCGCGUAGCUUAUCCGAGAUUUAUAUUGGCAUACUACAGCUUUCAUUUGCGCGUGUGACGUUUAUGGAACCCAGUUCUCGAUCGCCCAGUGAUAUUGAUGUUUCAAAUGGCAUACCACAUGGUAUAUUAUUUUCGAUAUUACUUUUAUUUAGUGUUGUUAAAUACUAAUAAUUUUUGUUUUUCUUUUUAUAUUUGUGCUAAUAAUCUACCUAAAUACUCAAACCGAUAAAACAGUACAUAUGCUGUUUGCAAUAAAAAAACGCGUACCGAAUCGAUAAGUGUAACAGUCACUUUGGAUAUUGGAAAAACGUAGCUGCGUACGUAUAAGAGAUACAUAUUUAAUAUAAUAUAUCAGAUACCUUAAGAGUACACUGAUAUUGUUGAUUAUGUUAAGCCGACCUUUAUUAUAUA